AUGCCCCCGUCCUCCUCGGCGCCGGCGGCGAUGCCGCCGCCGUCGCCGCGGGAGCACGUGGAGAGGAUCCGGCGGGAGCGCUACUUCAUCGGGCGCGGCGAGCAGAACCCGCUGGCGGAGGACAUGCACCAGGCCGUCAACUACCUCUCGCAGGAGCUCUACUCCAAGGACGUCCACUUCCUCAUGGAGCUCGUGCAGAAUGCAGAAGAUAACGACUAUCCCUCUGACGUAGUGCCUUCUUUGGAGUUUUUAAUUACAUCCAAGGAUAUUACCAGAUCUGGUGCAUCGUCAACUUUACUUAUCUUCAACAAUGAGAGAGGCUUCUCUGCAACAAAUAUAGAGUCCAUUUGCCGUGUUGGGAAAUCAACAAAGAAGGGAAAUAGACACCAGGGUUACAUUGGGGAGAAAGGUAUUGGAUUCAAGAGUGUUUUCUUGAUAUCAAGCCAGCCCCACAUAUUCAGUAACGGGUAUCAUAUUAAGUUCAACGAGAAACCAUGUGCCGAAUGCAAUAUUGGAUACAUUGUCCCUGAGUGGGUGGAAUCCACACCAAGUCUUUCAGACAUUGAAAGCAUAUAUGGAUGCUCCAAAGUCCUACCUACAACCACAAUUAUCUUACCAUUGAAGAGUGAGAAGGUUGAUGCGGUGAAGAAACAGCUGUCAAGCUUGCAUCCUGAAAUGCUUCUAUUCCUCUCAAAGAUCAGGAAGCUUUCUGUCCGGGAGCAUAACUCUGAUCCAAAGAGUAGCACUAUUAGUGAGAUCGGGAUAUCCACUGAAAAUAACUUCCAAUCCAGGAAGAACAUGCAUGCUGAGUCUUAUACACUCUAUUUAUCAGCUGAAGAAACUGGAAAAGUCGAAGAAGACUGUGGUUAUUAUAUGUGGAGGCAGAACUUCCCAGUCAAGUCAGAGAACAAAGUAGACAAACGUGCUGAUAUUGAUGAAUGGGUGAUAACCCUGGCCUUCCCACUUGGCGAGCGUCUGUCCCGCAAGAAGCAACUAUUCCCUGGUGUCUAUGCUUUCCUCCCCACUGAGAUGGUAACAAACUUCCCAUUCAUCAUCCAGGCUGACUUCCUCCUUGCCUCAUCAAGGGAGGCGAUAUUGUUCGAUAGCCCGUGGAACAAGGGAAUUCUAGAAUGUGUCCCAACCGCUUUCAUGAACGCAUUUGUAACACUUGUGAAGUCAACACCUGAUGCACCAGCCAUGUCACUUCCAUCAAUGUUCAAUUUCCUUCCAGUGAAUCCCUCACUUAUCUCAGUGCUUGAACCGGUUAGGUCUGGAAUCAAAGAAAAGGUCCUUGCCGAAGAUAUUGUUCCAUGUGAGUCUUAUGCAUCACAGAAGAUAUUUUGCAAGGCCAGUGAAGUUGCACGACUCAAGCCAGCCUUUUGGACUAUCCUCCACAAUGCACGGGAAUUUGGAGUUGAUCUGAAGAAUCUGUCAACUCAUGGAACCUACAUUCUUAGCUCUCAUUUUGACAAGAGUACAUAUGACAGUGUGCUUAAAUUCUUGGAAGUCAAGAAAGUGGACCCUGAAUGGUAUGCAAAAUGCAUUGAAGGUUCCAAUCUUGUCAAGGAAGUAGAUGAACAACUUUACCUGGAGCUUUUGUAUUUUGUCACGGUCAAUUGGCAAAAUUAUUUUUCUGGUACAAACAUGAUGUCAAUUCCCCUACUUAAGUAUGUUAAUAAGAAUGAUGUCCUCUCUUUCUUGAGCAUAUCAAAAGCUAGUCAAGGGAGUUAUAGAUUGUGCAUUGCGUCUGAGAUGAAGCACAUGUCAUGGCUAAUCAGCUGGAACAAGGAGUUUCCAUCUGCUCGCAGGUUCUUUUUCCAGCCCAAUACACAGUCAGCUCUGGAAGAUUUCUCACAGAAAAGAACAGUGAAAGAUUGGCUUCAGAACCAAGCAAAAGUGGAGUUUGUCUCUGUCUACAGCUAUGGAUCAACUGUUGUUGAUUCCUUGAAUGAUGCUCGGAGGCCUGUCAUUUCUUUUGCACAGUUUCUGUACCACUCGGACAAGAAGUCACAUAUAGGUGCCUCCUGUGUACAGCAACUCUGCAAUGACAUGCCGGUAAUUGAUAGCUACGGCAAUGCUGUCUGGGACAGAAAUAGCAUUAUGGUUCCUGCCAAGGGAAGCAAAUGGGUCGGAUUGAUGGGCACCAACCCGUGGAGGAAGGAUGGCUACAUUGAAUUGUCAGCAGAUUACAAGUCAGCAGGCCAUUUUGCUGGGAACUACACAUCUGAGGACCAGCUAUUGGAGUUCCUCAAGAAACAUCUUCAGGUCUCCGAUGUGCCAUUGAUACGCCCACCAAAUACAAGCUUCCCUGCAGUCAGGUCACCUCUCACAGUGGACAAUGCAUUCUUGUUACUGGAAUGGAUACGGAAUCGGAAGUCAAAAGGAAGAUUACCUGAUCAGUUCUUGGCUUCUGUAAAAGAAGGAAGAUGGUUAAAGACGUCACUAGAAUACAAGCCACCAAAGGAGUCAUUUCUUUCCAGUGCUAAAUGGGGAAGCAUUUUGCAAAAUGGCUCAUCUUUUGUUGAUGUACCAAUGAUUGAUCAACAAUUCUACAGAAACAGACUGUAUACCUACACAGAUGAACUCAAGUUAAUUGGAGUGAGAUUUGAAUUUAAGGAGGCAUCAGCUUAUAUUGGAAGCUGCCUCUUAUCUAAGGCUGCCGGAAAUGCACUGACCAGAGAGAAUGUGUACUCCUUGCUUCGGCUCAUUCGGUAUCUAGGAGAGGAGUUCCUGUCUCCAGUCCAACUGAUCAACAGUGUCAAGGAUGGGCAAUGGAUGAAGAGCACCCUUGGUUACAGGUGUCCUGCUGAUUGCAUCAUCCAUGAUUCAGAAUGGGAAGUGGCAUCGCACAUCAGUAACCAAUCAUUUCUUGAUGUUCAGUUCUAUGGGAAAGACAUACUUCAGUAUACACCGGAGCUUGAGUUGCUUGGUGUUAUUGUUGGAUUCAAGGAAAAUUAUGAGCUUGUUGUUAUUAACUUCAAGUUCUGUUCUGCUGCUAUUACUUCUCAGGCUACUACACUCAUUCUCAAAUGUAUCCGCUAUGUGAAUCGGUGCGAAGGUUUCAUAAGGAAGCUCAAAGAUCUGAAAUGGUUGAAAACUAAUGUGGGAUUUCGUGCUCCUAAUGAAAUAUUUCUUGUUGAUCCUGAGUGGGAGUGCCUUCUAAAGGUAUUUGACGGAACUCCUGUGAUUGAUUAUGGAUUUUAUGGGAGUGAGAUUAGAUCAUACAAAGAAGAAUUGAAGAAGAUAGGGUUGAUCAUGAGAUUUGAGGAGGCAUCGAAAGCUAUAACUCAAAUUUUUAAGGAGAUGGUAUCAAAGUCAUCACUUACAAAGGCAAGUGUCCUGGCUCUUCUAGGAUCUUAUCGGCAACUGCGAACACACUGCCCUCUUCCUGUUGAGCUUUUCAACUGUAUGCGCAGCGAGAAGUGGCUGCACACAUCACUGGGAUUCAGAUCUCCAUCAGAGGCAAUUCUUUUUGAUGACACGUGGCAGCCUUUGUCUCCCAUAGCAAAUUUACCAUUCAUAGAUGAUGGUGACUCUUUUCAUGGUUUAGGACAUGAUAUUUAUGGCUACGAAGAUGAGCUUAAGGAAUUGGGUGUCACUGUUGAAGCGAAAAAUGGUGCUAGAUUUGCCAUUUCAGGUCUCACAAUUCCUAGUAAUCCUUCUUUUCUUACUGGCGAGUUGCCUUGUCCACCUCGUCCUACUGCUCCUACAUACCCGGUGCUUCCUGCGAAGCCAGUGAUUCCAGAGAAGGCUACGGCUGACGAGAUGGAUCGGUUGCUUGCUACUCAUGAUACAGAUGUGGCGAAGCUCCUUGCUGAUUAUGAUGAUGGCCUUGCAUCCUAUGAGUCUCAGUUUACUGCAUACCGGACAUGGGUUGAUGAGGAUGCUCGAGCUGCUUCUAUUCUCGUUGCUAGCAUUGACGACAGGGUUUCGGCUGAUAUUAUUGAGCUUGAUUUUGCACAUCAGAUGUGGGCUUUUCUUCGCACACGUUAUGAGCCCACUGGUCAAUCUACUUUUCUUGCAGCCAUUCGUCAGGAGCAGCUCGUUCGACAGGGUGAUGGUACCGUUGAUGAUUUCUAUGGUCAGAUUUCUACUAUUUGGCGCCAGCUCGACACUCUUAGUCCUCCAUUGUCUCCUAGCACCUGCCAGUCCUGCCUGGGUCAGCAGCAGGCUCUUGAGCUUCGUCGCACCUACGACUUCUUGACACGCCUUCGGGAUGAGUUUGAGCCCCUUCAUGCACAGCUGCUUGCUCGACAUCCCUGUGUCUCCCUGAUGGAGGCUCUUGCUGCUGUUCGUAAUGAGGAGACUCGCCUUCUUACUGCUGGAUUGAUGCGAUAUUCUUCCGUUUUGGCUGUCAGCUCCUCUACUCGUCCUGCGGUGCCUUCUUCCGAGAGUCGAGGGGGUGGUCUUAAAUGUGAUUGGUGUGGCAAGGAUAAUCAUGUGGAGGCCUUUUGUUACAGGAAGAAGAAGGCUCAGUCUCGUGAGGGUCAGUCUCGCCGCGGUGGACGUUCUUCACAGGGUCCUAGUGCUCCUGCUGGUUCUGCUCGUUCUUCGCUGAGUGCUAGUGCUACUGGUGGUUCUGGUUCUGGCAGUCCUCAGAGGAGUUCUGCUGGUUCUGAGACACAGGAGAUCAUCAGGUUCUGCUGCUGCUUCGCAGUCUUCCGCUUUGGGAUCACCUUCCACGUCUACUCCAGGAUCGUCGCACGGGUCAGCUGGUUGGUACUGGCCCUCGUCGUCGUGAUUCUCAGCGUCUUUGGGAGCUUGACUGGCUUCGUCUUCCUUCCGCUGCGCCCGUCAGUCUAG